CUCGCUAGCUGCCCAUCCCGGGGAUGAGCCGCAUGAAAGCACCGAGCGCAGUUCUCCGGUGUCCCGGCUGCAAAACCGCUCAGAUCCGUCACUUCAUCUCUUCAUUUCGAAAGAGAAGUGAAGGACUUGCACAUGUCGGUUCGUGGAUGACACAUAGACUCCAGAAAUGGCCUUUUGAAGUGUUGCGAUGGAGCCGUCAGGAAGUACUCCAAGCAACCACACCCAGAACUCAACAGGUGGCAGUUGUCCAUGGGAGGUCAACGACAAGGCCAAGCUGUGUCGCUUCCUCUGCUACGGCUCAGAAGGAGACAUAUACACUGCCAGAGAAGAGGAUCGAGCCAGCAUGGAGAACGCCGGUGCUCUGCUCUCCAUGCUUCAGGAAGGCCGAGGCACUGAGGUCGUGGAGGAGAUCAAGAGGUUCUCUCAGGACGGGCGAGCCGUCAGACUGAGUCCAUCCUUUUUCGCUCUGGCUUUGUGCUCGCAGCAUUCAGAGCUGAAAACCAGACAGGCGGCAUUCAAAGCGCUGAAGGAAGUUUGUAGGGACCCUGCCCAUCUGUUUUCAUUCAUCCAGUACAAGAAGGAGUUGAAAGAGGGCAUGAAAUGUGGGAUAUGGGGACGCGCUCUGAGGAAAGCCGUGUCUGACUGGUACAACGAGCAAGACGCUCUGAGUCUGGCUGCAGCUGUGACCAGAUGUAAACAGAGGGAGGGCUGGUCACACCAGGAUCUGCUGAGACUGUCCCACACCAAGCCGGCGAGAGAUGCUAUUGCCUUGAUCAGCAAAUAUGUGACAAAAGGAUGGAAGGAGGUUCAGGCUGCUUACGCCGACAAAGAGAACUCUGAGGAGGUUGUCAAGGUGCUCUCGUACCUCGAGGUAGUGGAGAAGGUCAAACACAGUUGUGAUGAGACAGAAGUCAUCGCUUUAAUGGAGGAACACAAGCUGGAGAGGGAGCAGCUGCUCACAGACCAUCUGAAGUCCAAACAGGUGUGGAGAGCCUUGCUGAAGGACAUGCCUCUACAUUCAGUGCUGAGGAUCUUGGGAAAGAUGACGGCAAACAAAGUUCUGGAACCGGGAAGCUCAGAAACACAAAGUGUCUGCGACAGAAUCCAGAGCGAGACGGCGCUAAAGAAGGCAAAGAUACACCCUUUCAGCAUACUGCUGGCCUCAGAAAACUACAAAAGAGGCCAGGGAUACCAGGGUAAAACUAAAUGGGAGCCAGACAGCAGCAUCCUCAAAGCGAUGGACGCCGCCUUCUACAAAAGUUUCCUGAAUGUGGAGCCUUCUGGUAAACGCUUCGUGGUGGCGGUGGACGUGAGCACGUCGUUGAGCAGCAUCGUCCCAGGAACGUCGGUCAGCACGGCCGUCGCCGCCGCAGCCAUCGCCAUGAUUUUUGUGCGGACGGAGGCAGACACACAUGUACUGACGUAUUCCGAGGGCGCUGUGGUUCCCUGCACCGUUUCUCCGGACAUGACUCUUGCUGAAACAACAAUCGAGCUGGUUAAGAUCCCGAGUGGGAGCACAGACUGCACGCUGCCCAUCGCCUGGGCCACGGAGAGCGGGAAGUCCGUCGACGUGUUCAUCAUUUUGACCAACAACCCGUUGUGGAGUUUUUCUGCCAGCCCGGUGGAGGCCUUAAAGAAGCACAGACAAAUAUCUGGAGCGAAUACCAAGCUGGUGAUGUGUGGGCUGACGUCCAUCGGACACGCCGUCGCAGACACAGAGGACAGGGGUCUCAUGAGCAUCUGUGGCUUUGACCUGGGAGCGCUGAGCGUCAUUCGCAGCUUAGCUCAGGAUCUGAUCUGAUCUGAUCUGAUCUGAGGGGGGGUUCCGGGACCGUUUCGAUCGGACGGAGAAAGAAGAAGGCACAAAGUGGACCUGCAUGGCUCAGUUAGCAUGUAGAGUGCCCCGAAACAGCACUAAUC